AUGGAAGCUGCCCAGAAUUUCAAACCAGAAAAUCCAUCUUUUACUGCAUUAAUAGGGCGAAGAAAUCUGACUCGUCGUUAUCUGAAUGUGCCGGCUUUAUUUUGGAGAGUUCAUGUGGGAAAAAUUAGUCCUAUGAAGCUGCAGGAUUCUAAUGGACAAAAAUGGGCGAUCAAUUUUCACAGAGCAGGCGCCGGAUCAAUCAGAAUAGGGAAGGGUUGGAUCCGUUUCGCCAGGGCCAACGGUGUGAAGGAAGGAGACGUCUGUGUGUUUGAGCUUAUCAGGAGGAAGAACUUUGGAUUUCGAGUUACCAUAUUUGCCUCUUGA